AUCUGAAUCAGACAGAAAUCCUCACAUUCUUUGUCACUUUAAGUUUUCAGGAGAUAAGAAGAUGUUCUCCUCAAACCACACAAUACUGACAGAAUUCAUUCUCUCGGGACUGACAGAUGACCCAGUGCUAGAGAAGAUCCUGUUUGGGGUGUUCCUGGUCAUUUACCUAAUUACGCUGGCAGGCAACCUGUGCAUGAUCCUGCUGAUCAGGACCAAUUGCCACCUGCAAACCCCCAUGUAUUUCUUCCUUGGCCACCUCUCCUUUGUAGACAUUUGUUAUUCUUCCAAUGUUACUCCAAAUAUGCUGCACAAUUUCCUCUCAGAACAGAAGGCCAUCUCCUACGCUGGAUGCUUCACACAGUGUCUUCUCUUCAUCGCCCUGGUGAUCACUGAGUUUUACAUCCUUGCUUCAAUGGCAUUGGAUCGCUAUGUAGCCAUUUGCAGCCCUUUACAUUACAGUUCCAGGAUGUCCAAGAACAUCUGUAUCUGUCUGGUCAUUGUCCCUUACAUGUAUGGGUUUCUGAGUGGGUUCUCUCAGUCACUGUUGACCUUUCACUUAUCUUUCUGUGGCUCCCUUGAAAUCAAUCAUUUCUACUGCGCUGAUCCUCCUCUUAUAAUGCUGGCCUGCUCUGACACCCAUGUCAAAAAGAUGGCAAUGUUUGUAGCUGCAGGCUUUAAUCUCUCAAGCUCUCUAUUCAUCAUUCUUCUGUCCUAUCUUUUCAUUUUUGCAGCGAUCUUGAGGAUCCGUUCUGCUGAAGGCAGGCACAAAGCCUUUUCUACAUGUGCUUCCCACCUGACGACAGUUACUUUGUUUUAUGGAACCCUUUUCUGCAUGUACAUAAGGCCUCCAUCAGAGAAGUCUGUAGAGGAGUCCAAAAUAAUUGCAGUCUUUUAUAGUUUUUUGAGCCCAAUGCUGAACCCAUUGAUCUAUAGCCUAAGGAACAAAGAUGUAAUUCUUGCCAUGCAACAAAUGAUUAGGGGAAAAUCCUUUCGUAAAGUUGCAGGUUAGGCCUGUGUUUAUUUGUAAUCCCUAAGUGCCUG